AUGCGAAACGGUAUCGAAGGUGAAGCGCUGGCAGCAACGCGCUGCAAAGCUCCUGGCGACCGCCCGAUCCAGGGAGGGAGGGGCACCCGGAGCGGGGAAAGAAAAUGA